ACCGCACCCAGUAGCGUGUUUUGUUACGACAAACUGCAUUCCCUGCAUUCUGUAGUCAACAAAACAAAAGUAUCAAAGUUAUUAUUACCAUUUCGCGGCUAAAAUUUAAAAUUUGAGAAAUUAUCAUGCUAAUAAAUUACAAAUUUAAGUGUCCAAUAAACAAAUUGAAAGGCAGCGGUUGAUUACAAUUCAUACAGAAAUCUCACUGUAACCGAAUCUAACCUCAAACUUAUGCUGUUCCUGAUGUUAUACGGAAUUAUAAUGAGCUGACUCAGACUUUCAUUGUUCGCUCUGCAACCAUGCAACGUCUUUCUAUUCUCGUUUUAUGUUUCUAAUAAGAGUGAAGUCCGGAAAUAAAUCACGAUGUUUCUGCUAUGGAUUUUUGUCCUUUUUGGAGUUCAAAAUUUACUCGGAUUGGAGUACCUGGGCUGUUACAAAAGCACCGAAUCUGACUCUGAAUUAAGUGUAUUAAGUUCUAAGGAUUUUGGUACACCCUCUGGUUGCAUUGAAGAAUGUCGAUCACAUUACUAUACGUUCGCCGGAUUGAUGGCAGGUCAAAAAUGUUACUGCGGCAGCACCUACGGAAGAAGUGGCUUGUCUGAAAAUUGCACAAUGCCUUGUUUUAACAAUGCAACCUCAAUGUGUGGAUCAUAUAACGCUAUGAGUAUUUACGCAACUGGCCAAAAAGGUCCAAGUCCACCUAGAAGAGUAGAAGCAUUCCAUGAGGGAGCUGGAGCUCUCCUUGUAACCUGGCAGCCUCCCGACAACCCAAACGGAAAUCUAACAUCUUACACUGUCCGGGCAGUAGCAAUCGAAACCCACGCAUUUAAUCCUCUUCCUCUAGUCGAAAUUCAAAUAGAAGGUGGCUUCUCAAACAGCACAGUUCUCACAGGUCUCCAAUCUGGAACCAAAUACAACAUCUCCAUCACCGCAAAAAACUUAAAAGGAACCAGUGAUCCCGCUUUUGCGACUGGUUGGACCCUAAUAGGUCCUCCAAACAAACCCGUGACUCCAAAAGUACUAAAAAAGAGCGGCAACACAUUGGUAAUUCAACUGACCGAGGGCAGCAGUGAAAAUGGUCCAAUCACUUUUUACCAAGUAGUUGUCGUCCAGCCUGGCGUUAUUCCCCCAUCAGGGUAUAAUAUUGCUUAUCCAAGUUACACCCAGACAAAUGAAGACGAUGUAGGAUACUACGUAACUGCUGAAUUCGACGCCUCCGACUUUCCCAAAUACCAAAAAUUCGUAGUCGGAGAUGGACAAAACAUAGGUGGCUACUACAAUGCUCCACUUAAAGAAGACUCUAUCCUUCCUCAAGUAGGAUUGGUUCUCGUGUCAAGAAAUCGAGAUAGUGCACAAUACAGUUAUUCCGAUUUGACGAAUAAUCUUUACGAUCACAGAGAAGCUUCAUUGCAAACGAACACUGCGAGAACAGUUCUUUGGCUAGGCAUUGGGGUCGUGGGUUCACUUUUGCUCGUAGCGGUUCUCGCUCUCUUUGUUUUAAGACGUAGAACCAAACAAAGAAUGCAGAAGCCAUCUGAGCAGCAGGAACUGACACUACAAGGUCCAAUGUAUGAAGUAGAUAACGCGGCUUAUAUUCCCGACGAUUUUCCCGAGAAGGUGAAUCACUAUCAGGAAUUGAAAAGAAAAGUCUGGAGCAUUCCGAGGAAUUUUAUAAACUUUGAUUUGGAGGCUAUCCGGCGUGGUCGAUAUGGAACCGUUCAUCGUGGCGUUGUUCAGAAAGAGGGUCAUCAGAUUCCCGUUAGUGUUCAGUGUAUUUCCGACACUUCAAUGAAAAAGUCGAAAAAGGAAAAAAUGCUGAGAGAGUUGGAUGUUUGCAUUAAAGUUGGAUCGAUGGAGUAUUUGGUCGAUCUCGUUGGCACUUGCGAGACGCAGGAUACACUCUACGUUGUCAUGGAAAUGCCUCCGCAAACUUUGAAGAAUAAACUCCUGGCUUCUAGAUCCGGGGAGAUAUUUCCCAGUGAACAUUUUCUGAGGAUUGGGGCUGCGAUUGCGAGAGCUCUGAAGUAUUUAGAGGAAAAAGAGGUCGUCCAUACUCAUCUUUGUGCGAGAAGUGUGGGGAUUUAUGGGGAUCUUACUCCAAAAGUUAUGGGCCAUGGGAUUGGUGUAUAUGCGUUGGAGGAUUUUAAGUAUGCGAGAUGGACGGCUGUUGAAUGCUUUGAGAGCAAGAAGAAACACCAACCUGCUGUUGUCUGGGCCUUUGGAGUUGUUCUGUGGGAAAUUCUGUCAUUGGGAGCAACUCCAUAUGCGCAUUGUCCGCUCGAUAGCGAUGUUGAACAGGCUCUGCAAAGAGGAGAGAGGCUGAAGCAGUUGGAGGAUGUUCCUGAUCCUGUUUAUGAAGUUAUGCUUUCUUGCUGGGAUGCUGAUGAUCACGAGCGACCGACUUUUGACGAACUUGCGCGACUGAAUACACUAAGUGUUUUGCCGAUCAAAGUGACAGAGGAGUAUCUUCCCGGAUUGGAACUAAACGAAUAAUUUAGUGCGAAAAAAUAACUGUACUUGUACAUUUUCCAAGUACAGAAUCCUCGCGACCUGCAGUUACCAAAUCUGCUUUAAAAACUGCUGAUAUUUACAUCUUCGACUGGAAGUUUAGUUUGAUAUUUUUAUAUUUCUUUUGAAGCGCUAACAAAAUUGCAAGAUCCAUCUAGCAACUGUUAUCCGUCCAUAUUUAAUAGAUUUAAGAAGACUUGAGAUUUUUUCUCGUUCGCAAUCGACGAAAGCUAGUGUGUAUACUGCGUUAGUUUAGAUUUUGAAUUAUUGUUUUACAAAAUUAUCUCUAAAUGUGCACUAUUUCGAAACAGACAAACGAAAUAUUUGUGACUAGAGAUUUAAAGAGAUUUUUUUAGCUUAUUUAAAUCGAAAUUUAUUUAAGCAACGUAUUAUUAAUAAGGGAUUUUAUUUUUAUUGUGUUUUUUUUCAAAUAUUAAAAAUAAAUGUUAGAAUAUAAAAACGAUUAGGAAAUCAAACAUUCCAAAUGAUUUCUGAAAGAAAUUAAUGCCAAACUGAUUUGAUCUAUUUUUACUGUAUUUUCCAUAAACCUAUGUGUUUUUUUUUAAUUAUCUGACUAAUAUAGAGAUUAUGUAGGAAAAAUUCUGCGGAUCAGUAUUUUUUGAGAGUAUCUAGAUUAUCUAGUUAAUUUUAGAUCACUCAAAGUGCAUUUAAGAGAACGAAUUCUCGAUCAAAAAUGCGUCAUAUCGAUAUUUAUGAAACUGAAGAAUCUCGACUGUAUUUUUAACGAAUUUCCAAAUAUUAUACGAUUGUAAAAAAGUGACGUAUUUUCAUGUAAAUUAUUUGAAACAAAUUAUUCUAAAGAUCUCAGUGAACAAUUUUAGCGUGUAAUAAUAGGCCUAGAUUUUUAUAUAUCUUCUGUGCAUUUACUUAAGUACUUAACAAACACAAAUUCAUGUAUUUACAGAUAUAAUUUAAUACCAAAAAGGUUGUAUAUUCGAUUACAGUCCAUUUUAUAU